UCACCACUCAAUCAGCUGUUCCCUUAACAUGUGGUUCACUUUUUGACUGAGUUGCUUUGACUUUUUCUCAUCUAAAUUAACAGUUAAUUGAAUUGUUCUUACGUCAUUUAUCUCAGUGAUUAACUAAUAUUCCAAGUAUGGGGAAUGAUAUUCUAAUAACUGUCGGUAAAAGUGUCGCUGGAUUGGCCUCCGCUCUUGUUAUCUUACGAUUUAUCAACUUGAAGGGUUGGAGACAUUUCAAUGAAUACAAUAGGCUGAAAGGUAAAACCUUUUUAAUUACUGGAGCAAAUUCAGGUAUUGGUAAGCAAUUAACUCAUCAAAUUGCAGUUGCCGGUGGUAAUGUGAUCAUGUUGUGUCGUGAUGGUGCUAAAGGUAAAUCGGUAAUCAAUGAAUUAAAGGCUCAAUCUAAAAGCGCAACAAUGGGAAGUAUAACCUUACGUCGUAUGGAUCUUAACUCAUUCGCAUCAAUUGAGGAAUCGGCUAAAGAGCUGAUUGAAAGUGUCCCAAGAAUUGAUUGUUUGAUUAACAAUGCUGCUGUUAUGAUGGCUCCAUUUUCAAUUACCGAGGACGGAUUUGAAGGUCACAUUCAAACGAAUCACUUGGGUCAUGCCUUGUUGACCACUCUGUUGUUGCCCAAAAUUGCGGCCUCAGGUUCACCCGCCGAUCCAAGUCGAGUUGUUUUUGUAUCUUCGAUAUUAUACCGACGAGGGACAAUUAGAGAUGAUUCUUUUAAAUCAGGAUCAGUAACGUUGGAAAAUUUUGAUUCAAAGGUCGCCUAUUCUGAUAGUAAAUUGGCCUCUUUACUUUAUGCAAGACAAUUAGCCCAUGAAAUUGAUCGUCUUGGUUACCCAAUCGUAGUUAAUUCUGCCUCCCCUGGAAUGGUUUACACUAAUUUAGGAAGACAUUUUAAAUUAUCUUGGUUCAAAAAAGUUCUAUUGUCACCAUUUGCCGCUCUAUUUGUCCGAACACCUUCUGAAGGAGCUUCCAUCAUUCUUCAUGCCGCUGCCUCGGAGAAAACGAUUGACUCCAAUGGUGCUUUUUACCAUUCGUACGACGAGAAACCGAUUGAAUCUAAAUUCGAUGAUCAAUUAUCAAAGAAAGUCUAUCAGAUGACAAUGGAAGCGAUAAACAAAUCCCUUGAAUAGAAUUUAAAUCAACUCGAAAUCUUUUCCAAUUAUUGAUAUUUACAAAUAUUCUUAGACUCAACUAAUAGUUCCUAUUGGAAAAUUAAUUGUAAUUCUGUGAGAAAUGAUUUUGCUUCAACUGUUAAACCCUCUCAUCAAUCAAUGGAUGACAUGGAUACAUGAUAAGUGAAAGAAUGUAUUAAUAUAUUGAUAUUAUUAUAGACGACGAAUGUUCAACUAAUUGUGAAGCUAUUUUUUCGUGGACUUUCAAUAGAUUACAAUUAGAGUACCAACACAAAAAUGACAUCUCCAUCAAUCGAGAAGAGUGUAAAAUAAAUGAAAAAUUGGUGCCAAAGGAAAAUGAACCAUCGUAAUCAAGUCAUCUUUGUCUAUGGAAAAAGAAGGAGAGAAGAAAAAAAAACUCCAAUGGAACGAGAAGAGAAACAUUUAAUUUAAUUGUUCCAAAGGAAAAUCAUGUUGAUUACUACAGGAAAUCGUUUGCCAACUCAAUGGCCCAGAAAGAUUAAAACAAUACAAGACAUGGUUAAAGUACAGGGAGACGAUGAAAAUGAUGAUAAAGCUGAAAUUUAAAGAGAUGAGGAUGAAGAUGAUGAAGAGAUAGUGAAAAAUAAUGAUUUGAAAAAUGUUAAAAAUGUUAUGAAAUUUUGUUUAAACGAAUUGAAAUGUUUGCCAGAAAAAAAGAUGCACCAUUUUGCCUUCAUCUUUUUAAA